CGUCACGUGACGCGACCAGGAAGCCGGCGCUGCGGAGGGCUGUGCUCCGGGAGUGGCAGGCGACCGCCGCUGUCGGGCUGCGUUUCGUGGAGGUGGCGGCGGCAUGUUCACGGCGGGGGCCGAGAAUCUGCUCCGUCAGGCCAGGGAGAUCCGGGACGAGGAGCUGGGGAGGCUCUGCUCCCGCAUCUGUGCGCUGCUGGGGAGGGAGGACUGGGGGCCCGACGCGCUCGAUGCCCUGCGGAGGCUCUUCCUCAUCGUCUCAGCCACGAAACACAGCAGGAGGCUGGAGCAGCCAUGCGUGGAGCUGCUGCAGGCCGCCCUCUGCUCACCCACCUGCCCCGAGCAGCUCCAGCUCCUCUGCGCUGCUGUCCUGAGAGAGGUGUCGCCCUCCCGCAGCCUGAGCCUGACCUGUGACCGCGUCCAGAACACGCAGCAGCUGGGCCUGGUGGCCUCUGUGCUCCUGGCCCAGGGCGACCGCAAGCAGGUCGGCAGCGUGGGCCAGUGCGCCCUCAGAGUCCUGGAGAGCCGGCAGCCUGAGGGGCCCGUCCUGAGGCACCUUCUCCCGGUUGUGUCCAAGGUCACCAACCUGGCCCCGGAUGCCCUCCACGAAGAGCAGACCAACACGCUCAACAGGAGGCUGGGGGACUGGCUCCGCCACGCCAGCGUCCAGCAGGGCGUCGCGCACUCCUCUGGAGGCUUCUUCUCCACGCCCAGAGCCCGGCAGCCAGGCCCUGUCACCGAGGUGGACGGAGCGGUGGCCACGGACUUCUUCACGGUGCUGUCCACGGGACAGCACUUCACGGAAGACCAGUGGCUGAACGUGCAGGCCUUCUCCAUGCUGCGGGCCUGGCUGCUGCACGGCAGCCCUGGGGGCUCCAGCACCCCAGACGCAGACGACAGGUCGGAGUUGGAGGGCUCCACGCUGUCCGUGCUCUCGGCAGCCUCCACCGCCAGCCACCUGCUGCCGCCCCAGGAGCGGCUGCGGGAGAAGGCCUUUGAGUACUGCCAGCGCCUCAUCGAGCAGAGCAACCGGCGAGCCCUGAGGAAGGCGGACUCGGAGCUGCAGAAAGCCUGCCUGGUGGAGGCUGUGCUGGUGCUGGACGUGCUCUGCAGGCAGGACCCCUCGUUCCUGUACCGCACCCUCUCCUGCCUGCGGGCCCUGCACGCCCGGCUGUGCGGGGACCCGACUUGCGUGCGGGCGCUGCUGCCCGUCGCCCAGUUCUUCCUGCACCACGGGGAGGCCGCGGCCGUGGACGCGGAAGCCGUCUACCAGCACCUGUGCACCAGGAUCCCGGCCGAGCACUUCCACAGCCCGCUGCUGGCCCUCGAGUUCGUCCAGUUCUGCAGGGCCAGCCUCCCGCUGUUCGGCAGACACCUCGGCGUCCUCAGAAGCAGCUUCCCCAACCUCUUCAAGUUCCUGGCCUGGAGCAGCCCGCCCCUCACCGCCGAGUUUGUGGCGCUCCUCCCGUCGCUGGUGGAUGCGGGCACGGCCGUGGAGAUGCUGGACCUGCUCCUGGACCUGCCCUGUCUGACCGCGGCCUUGGACCUGCAGCUCAGGUCAUCACAGGCUGCAUCUGAGAAGCCGCUCUGGGACGUCUCCAUCAGGGCUGCUAGCUGCCUGGAGGCCUUCCGGGACCCUCAGUACCAGGCUCUCUUCCAGCACCUGCUGCGUGCCAAAGCCAGUGGAACCACGGAGCGGUUGGUGCCACUCCACCAGCUGCUGCAGCCCCUGGCCGGCUGUGCCCGGGUGGCCCAGUGUGCGGAGGCUGUGCCCAUCCUGCUCCAGGCCUUCUUCGCGGCAGUGACUCAGUUUGCUGAUGGGACCCUGACCAGCCAACUGGCCCUGCUGCUCCUGGAGAGAAGCGACACGCUCUACGAGGUCCCUGGGUACCAAGCCCGCGUGCACAGGGUGCUGAGCUCCCAGUUCCUGGCGCUGUGCACGCGGCGGCCGUCGCUGGUGGUGGAGCAGGCAAAGGAGCUGCUGGAGUUCGUGGGCAGCCUGGGCGGCCCCCAUGGCGGCGGGCACAUGCUCACGUCUGUGGUGUGGGCCAUCGGCGAGUACCUGUCCGUGUCCUGGGACCGCAGGUGCACCGUGGAGCAGAUCAACAAGUUUUUCGAAGCCCUGGAGGCCCUGCUCUUCGAGGUCACGCAGUCGCGGCCUUCGGCUGCCCUCCCCACGUGUCCCCCCCAGGUCAUCACCGUGCUCAUGACCACGCUGACCAAGCUGGCUUCCCGGAGCCAGGACCUGAUCCCCAGGGUCUCUCUGUUCCUGUCGAAGAUGCGGAGCCUGGCCCAGAGCCCCGCUGCGGGCUCCGCACACGGCGAGGAAGACGCGCGAGCCGUUCUCUCGCGGGCCACUGAGCUGCUGAACCUGCUCAAGAUGCCCAGCGUGGCCCAGUUCGUGCUCACGCCCAGCGCGGAGGUGUCUGAGCCCCGCUACCACCGCGACACCAACACGGCCCUGCCCCUGGCCCUGAGCACGGUCAGCCGCCUGGUGGAGAGGGACGCGGGCCUCCUGCCCGGGUGAAGGGCCAGCGAGCAGGCGGCGCGCGGGCCGGCUGCAGACCGCGAGCCUGCCAUCAGGGCGCAGCCUCAGCCGGGGGUCAGGGAAGGUGGGGAGGUGGCCCGGCGGCCCUUGGUGCUGCUGGGCGCUGUCACGUUCUCACCCUUUGGGCCCUUGUUUCUGAUCCCUUCUCUCGUGACCAUGCUGAGCUGUCUGGUGACACAGCACCCGACGCUGGGUCUUAGCCCCUUUGGGGACUGAACGGAGGCUGCUUGGUCUGUGUCCUGCUGUUCCUUGUUUGGGGGCAAAAAGAGAGACAGCAAAAGUAAACCUUUACAGGCCGUGUGUGAGCA